GUUCACAGCGUCAUCUAGUGUUGGCGUGGGUGUUAAUUCAUAACCACGGCGUCGUCUGCUGUAUAUUUUAGGCUUCUCGCUGUUAACGGUAUUCGAAGUUCGAAUGAAAAUGGAUUUAUCUGAGAAAGAAAUGCUUGAAUUUUUUGACAACCUUGAUGACGAGAUAGAAGGAAAAUGGGACAUAUCUGUAGUAGAAAUCUACUACGGAAGUGUUGAUUGCAAGAAGACACUGCAGACUGCAUUGAAUGAUUUGAACAUCACAUUAAAUCAGGAAUCACCACUAUGGGCAGAUAUGAUGGAAAUUUCUAGGGAAGAAUCCAGAAGUAAAAUGACAGCUAAAUACAUUGAAAAAUUGCAAAAGCCAUAUUCGAACAAUUCUGAAAUCUCUCAUUUGGACCUAAAACGCAUAAUCAAAACUGCAGCACCGAAAAUUAUAAAAGGAGCGUUUCAAGUAACUGAGCCAUUCAUGCAAACGUCAAUAACCAAAGGCGACUGAAAGGUGAUUGAGUACCUAGCUGGGGGAUUGCUAAAAUGGGGAAUAAAGCGUCUAGGUGGAGAAGUUGCUUUCUGGUGCCAAUACUAAGCUUCGAGGCGUGAUCUUCCCAAUUGCUUUGAAGAGCGCGAGAGAGGCGGUCUCAUAUCAGCAUCCGAAACCUUUGUUCUCUUCCUAAUUUCUGUGGAACGCGAAUUCCGGUCUCAAGCAUGCAAAAGGGUAAUAGAUGAUUAUUGGAAAUAUUGACAUGGACCUCUUCAGCCCCAGUGAAUCCAGUAUUAUGACCAUUCUUGUGGGGAGGUUUAUUCGAUCAAGGACCCAUAUCCAUUGUAAGACUGAACUGCAGAACAACAAUAAUCUCAUUAUUACACUAGAAUAAAAAUUAGCCAACAAAACAACUUCUACUUUGUGUUCUUAGCAUAAGAAAUACAAAAAAAA